GGCCUUUUCCGCGCCUCCCGGCGCAGGGACUUUUACCGCAGCGAGGGGCCCGGCGGCUCGCCCCGUCCCCGCUCCGUGCCGGCCCCGGACCCCGCUCCGCUCUCCGCUCCUAGCCGUCGGCCCCGUCCCCCUGCCCCGGGAUGCCGCCCAACCUUACCGGCUAUUACCGCUUCGUCUCCCAGGAGAAUAUGGACAAUUACCUCCGCGCACUAGAUAUCAAUGUGGUCCUGCGAAAAGUGGUUUGCCUCCUGAAGCCCGAUAAGGAGAUCAUCCACACGGGAGAUCACAUGGUCAUCCGCACGAUCACCUCCCUUCGGGACUACGUUAUGGAUUUUGACCUGGGAGUCCAGUUUGAGGAAGACCUGGGGCCCGUGGAUGGACGCAAGUGCCAGACAACCGUGUCCUGGGAGGGUGAUCAGCUGGUGUGCGAGCAGCUGGGAGAGAAGAGGAACCGAGGCUGGAGGCACUGGCUGGAGGGGGACCGGCUGCAUCUGCGCAUGACGGCCGAGGACGAAGUCUGCGUUCAGGUCUUCCAGAAAGUGAAGUGAAGAGGAUGCCCGGGCUGGACCUUCGCUCUCGAGUGCGAACCGCCGCGGAUUAAAGCAGCAAAACACGGCGGGAGCCAGCCGA